CUUGGGUUUACUGGUGAAACUUGAGAUGCUGGAGCUCCGGUUUAAUAAGUUAUCAGGCUCAAUUCCUGAUGACUUGGGAAAGCUCGUCAAUCUUAUUUCUUUGGAUAUAUCUGAGAACCAGCUCACCGGUCCGCUUCCCGAAAUUGGAGAAUUGAAGAACCUCACUUACUUCUUGGCCGCAGCCAACUCCUUGACUGGUGCAUUUCCAGAAAGUUAUGGAGAACUUACAAGCCUAGAAGCUUUUAUUAUAUCGGGGAAUUAUAUCUCUGGUCCAUUACCUGUUGCCAUCAUAAAGAGAUGGACUAAGAUCGAAGUUCUGUUACUCCUGGGAAACAAUUUUAAAGGGAAAGUGACUAAAGAAGUAUUCAAUUUGCCGGACCUUGAGCAUCUGCAUAUAAGUGACCUGGAAGAUGCUACUUUCGAGUUACCAUCAAAGAUUACCAAUACCAAAUAUGUUUCUCUGAUACUGAGGAACUGUUCAAUCCAUGGUUCCAUCCCCAAAUACAUUGGUGAUCAAAUGACAUCUCUAAAUUACCUAGACUUGAGUUUCAACAACUUAACUGGUGAACUCCCAGAGUACAUGAAAUCAGAUAUACUUUACAUGUCUUUUUCCACAAAUAUGCUUAAUGGGACGAUACCUGCUUGGAUCUUUUGGACAGUGAAAACUAGGAUAGAUCUAUCAUUCAAUAAUUUUACAGCACUGGAAUCUGGAGUACCAAGAAACAAGGAAUUGAACUUGUUCGCUUGCUGCCGCAACUCUGCAACCACUCAAAUGAGGGAUCCAUUAGAAAUGAUGAUGAAUACAAACUGUCUGGGAAAGGAACAAAAAUACCAUUCUUUGUUUAUCAACUGCGGUGGUGGAGAAACAACUGUCAAUGGAGAAACUUACGAGCAAGAUAACGACACAUCAAGCUUCUUCACAAGUCCAAACAAAAACUGGGCUUAUAGCUCUUCUGGUUCUGGAGGCUUUUUGGAAGGAAAUACCAGUUAUAUUAAGAACAUGACAUGUGGAGUUUCUAUUGCUGAGGCACCUUUGUAUGACAGAGCUCGUCUUUCCCCUGUAUCUCUCAAGUACUAUGCUUUCUGUCUACGUGAAGGAAAAUAUAAUGUGACGCUCAAGUUUGCUGAAAUUUUCUACACUGACGAUACAGAUUAUACCAGCUUGAGGAAGCGCGCAUUCGAUAUAUAUAUUCAGGAUGACAAGAUUAAACGUGAUUUUAACAUUGAAGAGCAGGCAGGAGGUCCAGAUAAACCAAUUACCAGAAGUUUCACAGCUGUGGUAAAUAAAACUAAUCCUCUAUUGAAGAUCCACUUGUACUGGGAUGGCAAGGGGUCUAUUGGAGUGGACGGACCUGCUUUGAAUGGACCUCUAAUAUCAGCUAUUGCCGUGACUCCUGAAUUCAAAGUUCAUGAUCAGAAACUACAUCCCUUGCAUAUUACACUGAUAGGGAUUGGUUCAACCUUUGCUGUGCUGCUUUUGUUGGCUUUUGCUUGGAUGGUCUGGUUGAGAAGCAGAAGCUCACCAAAAAUAAAAGUAGGUGAAGAAAAAAAAGGGGAAGAGAUUCAAGACAAACAUGUCACGCUCAAAGAAUUAAUAGAUGCUACUGGAAAGUUUAGCGACAAAAAUAAAAUUGGUACUGGCAGUCUUGAGAAAGUUUAUAAGGCAGAACUACUGGGUCAGGUUAAAACAACUGUAGCUGUGAAGAAACUUUCCUCUCAUUUUAAAGAAAAUAUCCAAAAAUUGAAAAAGGAAAUCAAAUGGCUGUAUGAAUUGGAACAUGAGAAUCUCAUUAAACUAUUUGAUUAUCAUAUUGAGAAAGACCUCCAGAUUCUUGUUUAUGAAUACAUGGAAAAUGGAUCCCUGGAAGAUGCCUUGACCACUGGCGACUCAAAUACUAGAUCAUUGAAAUUUACUUGGGAUACUAGAUUCAAAAUGUGCUUGGGAAUAGCAAGGGGUUUGGAGUAUCUACACGAGCACAGGAAACUAAAUAUUGCUCAUAUGAAUAUUAAAGCUGUUAAUAUUCUUCUUGAUGGAGAUCUCAAUCCAAAGAUAUCAGAUUUUGGAUUGGCACAUCUUUAUGUUGAGGAGGAUCAAUUCAAGGUCAUCAAAAGCGAUGUUCUACAAGGAUAUACAGCACCCGAGUAUUUUCAUGGAAAAUUUUCCAAUAAAGGCGAUGUUUACAGCUUUGGGGUGAUCCUACUAGAAAUUGUUUGUUGGAAAAAAAAUGUGAUCAAAUCACACCAUGGAACUGAGGUUCUUGUAGACAAGGCUAAUGAAAACCAUGAAAGAGGAAGACUAGAGGACAUGAUUGAUAAAACUUUGCAGGGAGUUGAUACAAAACAAGCCUUGACCAUCUUGCAAUUAGCAGUGAAGUGCACCAAUAUAGCACCAAGUGUGAGGCCUACAAUGUCUCAAGUUGUGAGUGUUCUGCUUGAUAAAAUGAAGAUUGACGAGCUCUUCCGACCUGCUCCUCCUAAUGUUGGGGAAAAGAUCAUGGGCACUAGGGACCUCGCUUCUGUUGAUGCCACUUCAAUGGAACUUACCCUUAUGCCAUCAACUUCAUCUCCUUCUCCCAAAACCAAAGAUGAACUGGAAAGUAUUUAUGUGGAUACUCCCUGAAGCAAAUGUAGCAAAUGUUGUUGUUAUUGUUGUUGUACCUAGUAGUUCUUUUGGUUGCUGUUGUUCUUGCUCUUGAACUUGUUUGUGUUGUAAGAUACUGGUGGGAUCUUUAUGCUUGGGCGCUUUUCUAAUGGGUAUGAAAUGUGUACUCAUGGAGACCUUGGGACAAAGCUCUAGGGGAUCGACCUGAGGCCCCAAAAGAAAGGUGCGUGUUAAAGCCGAAAGGAAAGAAGAAAAUAAGGGCAUGGAUGUGCGUGAAUGAAGUGAUGUGUUUGGUAGGGAGAUUAGGCUGCAAAGCAUCGAGGGAUGGAGGCAUGUGAAUUUGAACAGCACAGCAAUGCUACUUGUAGUAAGAUGCAAAAUGGGUAUACAACUUCUAGUAGUGGCUACGUUCCACACAAACUAU